GAUUAUGGCUGAGGUUGCAGGGAUCCAGGUGCCUGGCAAGGGAGAGCUUGCUAAGAUUUUCGAACGCGAUGAAACCAUUCGUAGGAGAAUCUUGGAGAAGCCUGACCAGAUCCUGACCCGGUGGGUCUCGCAGAGAGCAACUGGCAUCGCCUCGGUAGCGGCGAUGCGUUUGAACAGCCAAGCCUUGACGCUUCUGGCUGAGCUGUGGACUCGCCACUGCCCUUUCCCGAAAACUGUCCCGGUUGACUUCAUGAGGGAUGAGGUUGCGGAGUUGAGAAUGAAGCUCGGCCUCACAGAGGACAGAAUCGCUGUCCACCUCGAUGGGGCGGGACUGAAGCGCUUGUUCUCCCACGGCAUCCGCCGGUUCGCAAGCGGGUCAGUCAACAGAGAUCAGUGCUUGGAUCAGUUCUACAUGACUUUGAGGGUGGCGUGGACCCUUCCGGAGGAGGAGACAGCCAUCCAAUCCCUUUUGGCCAUUGAGGAUGGUGAGCUGGUGGACUUGGAGGAUGAUGGCUAUGAAGUCAUGGGGGAAAUCACAGCUGACGGUCAUGACGCACAGUGCCAGGAGGACGAAGGAAAGGAGGAGGAGGAAGCUGAGGUGGAUGAUGAGGUUCUUCCAGGGAACCCAGUCGAUGAUGGCGAGGAUUCCCAGCCACCCUUCAUAGACCUGCCCUCUGCGAAGAAGGCGACUGGCGAUGAGGCAACGGAUGCAGCUCUCGUGGAGGAGCAGCAUGAAUCCGAGCCACCAGCUACGAAGACUUCAACGGAGAAGAGCGCUGAUGGCCCGGACACAAGGUCAGUGGAGUCCAACGAGUCUGCUGCAGGGAGCAGUGGCUUGGAUCGCUCUGCCACUUUUUCAGAGCAGCUCGCGGAGAAGAAGAAUCUCCGACGUGCCGCCCCUUUCCAAGGCCCCUCGAAGAAGACGUACGUUGAUGAGCACUUGACCCUUGAUGAGAGGCGGUUGCAUGAACAGAGGGUGGCAGCCUUGGCGGUAGUCAGGCCAGUUUGA